AUGACCGACAAUAAUUCAAACAUCACCGCCUUCAAACAGGACUUUACGGGCAAAAGGAAGUCUAACAUCUGGCGUCAUGCCCUUAUGCCAAUGGAUGGGCGCGCGGAGUGUGUUCAUUGUGGAAAGAAGAUCACGUGCAGCGGUGGAUCAACAACAGGCUUGAGGAAGCACCUAUAUGCCAAACACAGCGAGGCUAUGAAGGAUCUCGAUGAAUCUGGACAGGAGCCAGAGACAACGCCCAAGAAAAAGACUCGGCUUGGACCUGAACCCAACAACUAUCAAGCAAAAUGCGAAAGGGCCGUCCUAGAAUUUCUCGUGGCGAACAGCAUCAGUUUUAACGUGGUGGAUUCGCCCGAAUUUCGGAAUCUGACCGAUCUCUUGAGUGGAUUCAAGUUCAAACCGCCGACGCGUGCCAGAGUUAGCCAAGAACUACUCGAUCAGGAGUAUGCGCAAUAUACCCAAAACCUGCGAUCUGAGCUCAGUGACACCCCAGACAUCGGGCUGAGUUGUGAUGGCUGGAGUUCGAAAGGAAAUAUAAUGUCAUUGCAUUGUGUUUACGCACAUUACGUUGAUGGGCAAGGUGAAAGACACAGCCGCUUACUGGGCCUCAGCGACAUGUCUAACGAGGAACACACUUCGGAUAAUAUUUUACAGCAUGUGACUGCGAUGCUCGAGCUUUAUGACAUCCCUGCACACAAAAUCCGUUCGGUUACCAGCGAUGGGGCCUCUAAUGAGAGAAGAUUCGCAUUGGACCUAUGUGACAGAGGCUUCAAACAAUCCGGCUGGGUGCAUUGUCUUGCUCACCUUUUGCAACUAAUCGUAAAUGCUGGGCUCAAAGAUGAGGGAUUGAAACUGAUUCUACUCAAAGUCCGCAAGAUUAUGAAGUUAAUCAAGAAGUCGCGCCCUUGGAAAAUAGCUUUCGAAGAAGCUCAACAGAAGUUUGGCAAGGCCGUGCAUCGAGCACUAAUGGACUGUGACACACGGUGGAAUACGAGCUGCGAACUCUUAGAGUUCUACAUUGAUAAGGAAUCGGCCCUACGCUUAAUGCGAGAUGAAAUGCGAUGCGUCUCGAACCGACACACGGUUCUUUUGCUGAAUGCAGAAGAAAAGGCCACCAUGAGCCAACGAGCAGCCACCAUUUUCGACUAUCUGUAUAUCAUGACGACGCUGGAUAAGGGAUUAAAAAGGGGAAAAGCGCCGGACUCGCCAACGGCUGCCCGUAUACACGCGACAAUUUCCGGCGAGUUAAGCGCUCGGCUGAAGACGGCGCGUGAAAACAAGCUGGUCCUCGCUGCUGCGGCGCUGAAUCCCUUGGUCCGGCACAGCGAUAUUUUGUUCGAGGAAGAGGAACACCGGGAGCACGAUGCUGCCCUUCUGGCGCUAAUACAAGGUAUCUGCGAACAGAACCCGAACCUUGAAAGGAUCGACGAAAGGGAACCGGCGACAAGCAAGAUGAGCGGGACGCGUGAUGAUGGUAUACUGGAGCUCUUGUUGGCCACUCCGAGCACUAGUCGAAAAUUCGCCGUGGAAACGCUAUCGAAUCUGGAGCAGCAAUAUGCCGAAAAUUUGACCGCCUUCGACCGUUUGAUCUCCCGACAACCAGCUCCAAACUAUAUGCAGAUGGGAGAUUAUAUGGUGCAAAUUUGGAAGCGCGCCGCCGUGUGCCCCUUAUUCCAAAGCCGCGCCGGCCUGCUCUACGCCAAUCCCAGGCGUAAUCGCCUAGGAGCGAAAAGAUGCGAAAAGUUGCUGCUGGUCGGACAUCAACUGGCAGAACGACGAUUUCGACCAGAAAGUGAUAUUCCGGGCCCGGAUGCUGCCAGUUAUCCCGCACUGUCCGCACUCGCCGUAGAGGAUCUAUGUCUGGAAAAUGCGAUUGAUGGUGACGAGGGGUUAUCAGCCAUUGUUCAAGAGCUCCUGGGCAAGGAAGAAGAAUACGCGGUCGAUGGAGACGAACCGGAUACAGAUUGGGAAUAUGAUAAUAAUAAUUCACUGGAUCUUUUUGUUGGU